AACACCCUCCCACACCCCCUCUUCUAAUUUUUCUCUCUGUUUGGUCCCCCUUUUUGCUUCAUCUUUCAAUGAUGAAAGGAGGAUUCGAAGUGGUUCAUGCGACUCUAGAUAUGAUCCAGCCUCAUCGUGAACCUAUAUGGGAUUUCGCCUCUGUUGGGUUCCCAACUACUAGUGUUGCUGCUGCUGCUGCUGUCAGCUCCAUCCCCAGGCAAAAUCUUGAAAAUCGUUGCAUAAACUUGGAGAGAAAUGAGCUUUCCGAUUGGGUCGAACAAGUUACCAAGAAGCUCAUUGAUGACUUGCCAGCUCAAAAUACAGAUACUGAUGAUCACCAUAGCAGAACCUUGCAGGCACCUGCUGAUAUACCAAUGUUAUGCGAGGAUAGCUUCCCUCCAUCGCUUCUGGGUGAUUUCAGGCCAAGGAAAACUGUAACGAGUAGUGAUUUUGACGAGCUUCAAUGGAGCAACGUUAAUGGAGGGAAUGAUAGAGGGUUAAGUAGGUUAGACGAGCAAGGUUUAAGCUUGAUAACGCUGCUUUUAGAGUGUGCUGUAGCUAUCUCCAUUGACAACCUUGGGGAAGCUCAUCGAAUGUUGCUUGAACUAACCCAAAUGGCUUCUCCUUAUGCUCUUUCUUGUGCUGAAAGGGUCGUUGCUUAUUUCGCUAAGGCCAUGUCUAGUAGGGUUAUUAAUUCAUGGUUAGGGAUAUGUUCUCCUUUGAUUAACUACAAAACCGUUCAUUGUGCUUUUCAAGCAUUCAACAAUGUCUCUCCCUUUAUCAAAUUCGCUCAUUUCACCUCUAACCAAGCCAUCCUCGAAGCAUUUCAUCGACGUGAUAGGGUUCAUAUCAUAGACCUUGAUAUCAUGCAAGGCUUGCAAUGGCCGGCUUUGUUCCAUAUCUUAGCCACGCGUAUGGAAGGACCUCCGCAUCUCACGAUGACUGGCAUGGGCAGUUCGAUGGAGCUUCUGACGGAGACAGGUAAGCAACUCUCGAACUUCGCUAAACGACUCGGAAUGUCGUUCGAAUUCCACCCGAUCGCGAAGAAAUUCGGGGAAAUCGACAUCACGAUGGUUCGACUCCGAAGAGGGGAGACAUUAGCUAUUCACUGGCUACAACAUUCACUAUACGACGCUACGGGACCCGAUUGGAAGACAAUGAGACUGAUGGAGCAAUUAGGUCCAAGGAUAAUCACAUUGGUGGAACAAGACUUGUCCCAUGGUGGAUCGUUCUUGGACCGUUUUGUGGGGUCUCUCCAUUAUUAUUCCACCAUGUUUGAUUCACUAGGAGCAUACCUAGCAGCUGAUGACCCCAACAGGCAUCACAUCGAGCAUUGCCUAUUGUAUAGGGAAAUAAACAAUAUAUUGGCAAUAGGAGGGCCAGCGAGAAGUGGGGAAGAUAAGAUGAAGCAAUGGAGAAGUGAACUAGCAGCAAGAAAUAGCUUCGUGCAGGUGCCGAUGAGCAGCAACUCGAUGGCACAAGCACAGCUGAUAUUGAACAUGUUCCCACCGGCUCAUGGGUAUAGGCUUGUACAAGGAGAUGGAACACUUAGGCUUGGAUGGAAAGAUACUAGCUUGUUUACAGCUUCGGCUUGGACAUCCCAUAUCUCUCGAUAGCUACCUGGCUACUUUCUGUUGUAAUUUUCAAUUCCUUCGUAUUCCAUUUUCAUAUAUAUUCAAUCUUAAUUGGCAAUGCA